GCAGAUGAAAUUGUUUAAUAAUAAAAAUUAUUUCCGAAUGAAAUUGAAAUCAAUAAUUGAUAAUCUUGAUUAGAAUUGAAAUUUGUCUAUUAUAAACAUUUACAAAUAAUUUUUACACACAAUUGAAAUCCGAUAAAUGAAGAUAGCUUCUGCAAAAAUAUAGAAAAUAAUUUAAUAAUAUCUAAUUUACAACAGAAUCUUAGUUGCAGAUAAUAUCAGAUGGCACAAGGAUGAAAGAGAGUAUAAGAUCAAUCCUAAUCUUAUUUUAUCUAUAUUUUUGUUAAUUUCGUUAAAUUAAUUUAACGAAUUAACAUGGCACAAUCGGCGUGUACGACUGACCCAGUGUAUUCGCCAGUGAACUAGGUCGAUCAAUAUUAUAUAGGAGGAGGGAGAAAGGGGUGGUUUUCCUAUAUGAGAGGUGACACUCUUCUUCACUAAGGGGAGUUCGCCCAGCCGAACUCCCAGUAUAUAUUUCCAGUGCGCGUUGGAAAAUUCAUCCGAGACAUGCCAUCAUCUUUUGGCGAGGAUUGUUUGACUGUUGUGGAGGUACCAGAGAAUCGCUAUGACGAAGCAAUUCACCACUUGAGAUGGAAUUUCUUCGCCGACGAGCCACUCAACAAUGCUGUAAGACUCUGUACGAAGGGGGAAUCCCAACGUGAGCUCGAGCAGCACUGUCUGCUCACCUUGAAGCAGGGUUAUUCCAGGAUGUUAGUGAAUUCAAAGGGAGCGAUAGCGGGGAUGGCACUAAACGGCACCCUGAAAAAGGGCGAGCGCGAGGAGGCGGAGCGGCGCCUCGCCGAGCUAGACGACGAAAAGUUCAAGACCAUCUUCGGGCUGCUGUAUAAGGUGAACGACAAGAUUGAUUUAUUUGCCAAAUACGACGUAGAUGAGCUGUUCGAGUGCCGGAUCCUUAGCGUCGACGAAAACUACCGUGGCAGGGGUUUGGCCAGCAUUCUUAUGGCCGACAGCGUAAAAGUUGCCAAAGACGCCGGUUUCAAGGUAUGUAAAGCCGAUGCAACCGGCAUAUACUCACAGAGGGUCUGUCUGAAGCAUGGCUUCCAAGUAGAGGCGGAGAUAUCGUACGCGGAGUUGGACAAGUCCAUCAGGCCGGCGCCGCCUCACCAAGCGUUAAAAUUGAUGGUAAAACUGCUAGAUUGAAGAUAAAAAAAGAAAGUCGCUCUUUCGGUAGAGUUUAAUUAAAUUAAAUCAUCAACACGAAAGCGCAAAGUAGAUAUGUGUAUCGUCGUCGUGUCGUGACAAUAACAGCUCUAUUAAUGCAUGUCUCAGUGUCGCGAAUGUGAGACACAUGACGCUGUCUCAUAGAACGUUUACUUAGUAAAAGAGACAAGAACAAAAAUAUCGCGUAGUACAUGUCGAAAUGUUUUCAAAUGGUAUCCGCCCCCUCCCAAAUAUACGUGUUCCAAAAUUAUUAAAGAAAAAAAAGAAAAAAGAUAUCGGAUUUAAUAAAAUAAUGUUUUCGAGUGAAGCAGAUUUAAUCGCUCUGAGAGCGAUAAAACCCAAUUUGCUAUGAACAUGUGUUCGACCGAAACUGGAUUUUGAAUCUGAUUAAUAUAUAAAUAAUACAUUAAAAAUAUAAAUAAUAUAAAGUACAUCCCGUUUGACUCUAUUUUGACUUUAAAACAUAAGAUUCUUUGCCUUGAUUAAUCAAUCAAACGCUUACUGAAAAUAUUUCAUUGAUUAAUCUAAUAAUCCAAGUACCCCUAGUAACUCAAAACGGAAUUUAUGACGUUAUUAAUCGUUCUUAGAGCGAUCAAACUUGCUUCAUCCGAAAACGCUAAAAUAAUGAAAUUGAAAAUUUCGAUAUAAUCGAAAAAGUCUGUGAUUGUCUCGCAGAUCGCAUUUAGGCUUUCCGUUUCCGUUCCGCCAAUCGCUCCACUCUGGCGAAAAAUUGGAGACAUACGAAAUAUUUAUAGAAUCGUCGUAUAUUGUUUAACUCAUACCUAAGCGUUUAACACAUUGAUUGCCAUGCGACCCGUAUACGAAUAGUAUAUACGUUUUGCCGUGUGAUAAAAAAUUGUUAUAUUUUUAUAUUAUUAAAAAAAAUUCUUGUUAUUUUACUGUGUCGCACGAUCACUCGUGCGUAAAUGUGACAUGAUAGGAUUCUCGGCAAAUACAGCAUGACAGUCAACCUGUUAAAGCAAACGUAUCAAUAUAAUUAAAUCUAAUUUAAUAAUAUAUAUACACAAUAAGAGUCUUCUAAACGGAUUUCGUUGUUUUACGACAAUUUUGACUAUUUAAGGAUUGAAAAAAGGAUAUCAAUAAUCGAUCGUGCAGCAAAGUACCAAUCUGACAAUAGAAAGUAAGAAAGAUAAAGAAAGUCGCAAAGUAUCAAACAUUGUUCUAUCUUUAUAUGUCUCGCGAUUCGCCAAUAUCGCCGCGUGAGAAAUGGUCCAUAAGAUACAUAAGGUCUAGUUAUAUCUUCUUUCUCUCAUGCGUACAUACAUAAGUGAAACGCAAUGGUGCAGGUUGUUUUCUAACUUGUAUAUUUACUACAUUCUAUCGAAAGCGGCAAUAUUUGAUCGCAACUCGAAGUUGUUAUUCUGGAUUAUAAUAUAAAUGGGUCCAUAUAAAUUUAAAAAAAAGUUAUACAUGAAAAGAGGAAAAUGAAGGAUAUUUUUAUCGUCACGUGUUGCAAAAGAGUAAUAUAUAAAGUAUAUACGAGUUAUUUUGUAAAAACGUCCGCUAAAUGCGAAUUAUAACGCGAUUUAUAAUGAUUUAUAUUGCGUAAUGAUAUGUAUCCUUUAAAGAAAAUAAUAAAUUUCGAUUUUUAGGAAUUGAAUUGAUGGCUGUAAAGCACUCAAA